AUGGCUCAAUUAGCAUAUAUAGGCCUGGGGAACAUGGGCAAGGGCAUGACCAAAAACAUUAUCCAAAACGGCCAGCUCUCAUCACCCAUCCUCCUCUACAACCGCACAUACUCCAAAGCAUUAGCUCACGCCGAAGCCCUCGGCGGCAGCACCAAAGCCCAAGCCGUGCACACAAUCGCCGACGCCGUCAGUCCCUCAGACAUAAUCUUCACCUGUGUCGGGGACGAUGUCGCGGUGGAAGAAAUCAUAAACACCGCCCUCAAUGACGACUCUCAGACCGACGUGAACGGGAAACUGUUCGUGGACAUGUCCACCAUCCACCCAGACACAACCCGCAGAAUCCAUAAACAACUAACCUCCCACGGCGCUCGAUUCAUUUCGUGCCCUGUCUUCGGCGUGCCAGCUAUCGCAGAAGCGGGACAAUUAAUCUGCGUCCUUAGCGGAGAUAAAUCUGACGUUUCCAAGAUCUUGCCUUAUACAGUUGGCGUCAUGGCCCGAGCCAACAUUGACCUAUCCUACGACUCUUCAGAAACUGGACAAGAUAUAGGAAAAGCAUCAACCCUAAAACUAAUCGGAAAUAGUUUCAUCCUCAGCUUCGUCGAACAACUCAGCGAAGGGCUCACACUCGCCGAAAAAUCAGGCGUCGGAAUCGACCCCUUGGCACAAUGGAUGGAAUUAAUGUUUCCAGGACCCUUACCCAAAUAUGUGGACAGAAUGGUGACGGGGGAUUAUUACAAACGUGAAUACCCCUUGUUUCAGGUUGAUCUUGCCCGGAAGGAUUUGAGACAUGUGACUAGUGUUGCGGAACAGAGUGGGAUGAGGAUGAGGUCCUUGGAAGUGGUGGAUGAGUAUUUGAAGCAGGUUAAGGAGCAUUCUGGGGAAAGGGGAGAUAUUGCGGGGAUGUAUGGAGCUGUAAGGAAGGAGUCUGGUCUUAAGUUUGAAAAUGAGUAA